UAAUCAGGGCUUUUUUGAAGAGGAAGAGGGUAAGGAAUAUAUUUACAAAGAGCCCAAAUUAACAGGCCUAUCUGAAAUCUCUCAGCGACUGAUGAAACUUUAUGCAGACAAGUUUGGAACAGACAAUGUAAAGAUAAUCCAAGAUUCCAAUAAGGUUAACCCCAAAGAUUUAGAUCCUAAAUAUGCAUAUAUCCAAGUAACCUAUGUCACACCCUUCUUUGAAGAGAAAGAAGCUGAAGAACGUAAGACUGACUUUGAAAUGCAUCACAAUAUCAACCACUUUGUGUUUGAAACGCCGUUCACCUUGUCAGGAAAGAAGCACGGGGGUGUAGAAGAACAAUGCAAGAGACGGACAAUUCUGACAAGU